AUGGAUAGUUCCCCUGAUCUAUCCUUGAAAUUACGUCGCGGCUCGAGCGAUUCGCGUGACAACUUUUACAUGGAUUUCGCGCAAGGCAUUGACUCCGACAUCGAAGAGGUGGAUAACAGCGCUUUGGCCCUCGAACCGCAGCAACCGCCACCGCCACCCUUGCCCAUCGUCGCACCCGAAGAUGUACUUGGCGCCGGUUUUAUACCGCCACCACCGCUGGUUAUGCAGGGACAACCAUUGCCAACACUCACCGAACACGAUGAUCUACCACCAACGCCACCACCACAAGAACAACCCAUCGGCACCGUGCUUGACUCACCGCCUGCAUCGCCAACAUCAUCUGUACUGGAAAUGAUACCACCACCACCACUUUCACCAUCUAUGAUAACACCGCCACCUGUACGCGCAGUGCCAAUGGCACCACCUUCACCACCAAUCGAAACCGAAGACGAAGGUGACGACGCCGAUGUGGAUGAGGAAGAAGAAGAGGAUGAUGAUAAAUCUACACCGCCACCACCACUACCGCCACUCCCAUCAAAUUUUUCUUAUGUACAUGGUAACGGUGGACAUGGUGUGGGCAUACCGGGUGCAGGUGUCGCUACACCACCUAAAUCGCCAUCAACUUCACCAUCUCCACCAGAUACACCACCGCCGUGUCCAAAAAUGUUAUUACCAACGAAGUUGACUUCACCACCGCCACCACCACCACCGAUGCAUUCACCAAUGCCAUUGCCACCGUUGACACCGCCCUCAGAGAGUGAUCAAUCGCAACCGAAUUCACCACCGCCAUUACCGCAGCAUGCACCACUACCACAAUCACCACCACAUUCAACUGGUUCGCCAGCCAGUUCGGCUGGUUCACAACCGCGUUCGUCUGGUUCACAACAACGUGUUGUGCUGGUUUCGCCUCCGCUUUCUAUAGGCUCCCGACCACGUUCCAUGGGUUCGCCGCAAGGCUCGCUUAAUUCGCCACCACAUUCGGUCAGCUCGCAACCGCGUUCAAUUGGUACGCCACCACGUAGUAGGGAGCUUAUACCUGGAGAUGGCCCGGCUACACCGCCACCGGAUUUCGGUGAGCCAAGUGAUGUUAUUGCUGCUGCUCUGGUUGCGGCUAUCGAAGUGAAGUCUUGUGAACUAAUACAAGGUAUAACGCAAGGCACUGCCUACAAUAUGAUUGAUGAAAAUAAAUCCUCAAAUGAAGAUGAGUCUACGACGAUAACCACACCACCAAGUAAUGGUUAUUCUGGUUCCUCAAUGAUUGUGCCACCUGCUGAUCAAUUGGGUGAAUUGGAACAGGAUACCGGCAUGAUGCUAGCUGAUAUACCGCCACCCUUAGGCAUGGAAGAUGAAGAGCCAGACGAUAUUCAGCAAGAAGAAAUGGAAAUCCAUGAAAUGUCACCCAAACUGCCAGUAGAACCCAUGGAAGUUGAUGAAAUAGUGGAAGAAGAGGAAGCCUACAGCGAACGUACACCAAUCUCCGAUCGUCAACCAAGUGAAGAUCACACCACUGCCGACACACCAGCUGACGAGGUGGUCGAGACGCGCGGCACGCCAACAUCACAAGCCACACCACGCAGCACACCGCUGCCAACACCACCAGCUUCCGGUUCGCCGAAGAAAAAACGCAGCAGCGUAAGCAUCAGUGGUGGCAGCGGUUCUGGCAGUCGCGGUCCCAGCCGUAGCGCCAGUCGCAGUGGCAGCCACAGCGGUAGUCAUGGCGGCAGUCGAAAUGCCAGUCGCAGUGGCAGUGUACGUGGUAGCAUUGCGUCACGUGCCGGUAGCAUUGCCGCCGCCUCAGUUGCUUCAGCAGCAGCAUCUAUUGCCUCUGGUUCGCCACACGUGGUUGAAGCAGCAGCCUCGGCGGCUGCGGUGGCUUCACCACAAACUUCUAUCAAAUCGAUACGUAGUCAACCGUCGUCUAUAAAAUCGGCAAAUUCAAAACAUAGCGCCUCACCACCAAUGAUGAAGAGUCCACCGGAGGGCGAUCGUCCACCGGUAAUGCCAUCACCACCAAUGAUGCGCUCUCCGGCACUCGUCAAGAGUCCACCUCUAAUGCAUAGUCCACCGAAGGUGACCAGUCCACCACGUGUGUACAGUCCACCGUUGGUUGGCAGUCCACCAACGCGUAAAACGGAUUCUUCGGAAUUGGAAAAGGAAGCGGAAGCAAAGGCGGUAAAAGCACCGUCAGUGGGCACCUACAGUGACUCGGCAGCCGCGUCUAGUGAAACCUUAGACGCCGCUUCGGUCGUCUCACCCACCAUGGCCGCCGCGCCGCCUGCCGCCGCCGCUGCCACGGCGAGCACAUCGCUCAGCUACCAGGACGAACAACAGCCGCCACAACAUGUGAUGCGUGCACACCUCAGCAGUCAUCAUCACUAUCACCUGCCGCACCAGUUCCAGCAUCCACAUCAUCAAAAUCAUCACACACACGGUGGUGUGCCCGUAGCUACGCCCACAGUGCCCGCCAGCUAUGCUGGCGCACAACAUCUGCUGCACCAUCACCACAAAACGAGUCCCUACAGCAGCAGUGCGAUGGAUGAGGAUAGCAGCGGCAGUGUGAGCGGCAUGAGCGGUCCAACGCCACCAGCCAAACCGCCACACACACAAGAACGUCAUUCGCCGCCAAGCAAUGGCGCCACCGCAGCCACUAUGGCCACUUCUAGUGUCCUGCUGGUCGCAGAUGCCGCUGCUUCAAGUGUUUCGGUGUCGCCGGGACGCUUGGCCAGUCGUUCGGGCUCUCAUCAUCGUGUCACCAUUGAUGAGUCGAAUAUAGCAACGUCGUCAGCGUUGAGCCAUCAACUGGAUGUUAGAGGUGGUGAAGGUGGCGAUGAUGGUGAUGCUGGUGGUAGUGGCGGUGGCGGUGCAGGCGGUUCGGGUCCACCGUCACCCGGUUCAUCGCAUCGCCGUCUCUCCUCGGCGCUUGGUGAUGAUCGACAGACAGGGCAUUUAGCGUUAAUGUAUCAUUCGCAUCAGUUGACCAGCUACCCGGUGUUGCCAGCCAUCAAGCGAACGCAUCGACCGUCAUUCAUAUAUCCACCAAUGCCGCGUGUCAGAGCUGGUGAUGCCUUGGCCACACUCUUCUCCGCAUUGUAUGGCAAAUUAUUGGUGGUAAUGGGCAUCGCAUUUCCAAUGGCUGAAGUCAUAUCGACUUAUAUACCACCUUCCUUCUAUGAGGUUUAUUAUCUUUACUUGUACAUUGGUAGUAUGAUAUUUUUGCUAUUUAUGUAUGCCACGCUAUUAUGGGGACGACCGAAAAUACCAGCGAAUAUAACUUCGCCCAGCAAAUCAACAUCAAAAGCGCGUUCCUCCACCGCCUCGGAGAGCAUGGACGAAUCGGACACGGACAGCAAUUCGAUGCACAACAAACGCAUACCGUCGGUGAUACCCGCCCGAAGGCCCUCGCUAUUGGCACCGCUCGGCCGGCAGCAUCACUACGGAUCCUUCUAUCUGCGUAUGGGCGCAGUGGCUUUUGGCAUUGGCAGCAUGAUCUAUUCGGGCUUGGAGUUCGGUCAGUAUUUCGAAUUGAAUCCGGACACCAAGUGUCAUAAUGUUCUGUUAGCAUUGACGCCGGCGACGCGAAUGGCAUUCAUCUUCAUACAAAUGUACUUUAUAUUCCUUAAUAACGAGCAAAUCAAGGUCUAUCGCUAUAAAAUCAUCGCACGCUUCGGUCUUAUGCAUAUGAUCGGCACCAAUUUGGCAGUUUGGCUAAAUGUGCUGAUACAGGAGACGAAGCACGAAAUAUUGACAUUCUACAACCCGGAAAAUCGCACGCUACGCAUUUCACAUCGCAUACCCGGACAUUCGCGUGGACACGCAAACAUACCGGCGGUAAUACCCACCGAUCCCACAGCACAUUUGCGUAUACCGCGGGGACUCAAGGGUCCUUAUCAAAUUUUCGAAUGUCGACGUACCAAUAUACUCGGCACACUGGUACAAGAUGCCUCACCAUUCCUCUUUCCCUGCACCAUUGAGUAUUCAUUGAUCUGCGCCGCCAUAUUGUAUGUGAUGUGGCGUAGCAUUUCGCGACCGCCAACACCAGCGCCACAACGUCCGGACACGAUCAGUUCGCCGAUGAAGCGUUCACCCCAUCACUAUUCGGUGGAUUGUGCGCGCGCGCACAAGGGUCUCUUCGUUGGCAUACUCAUACUCGUGCUGACCAUCAUUUCGCUCAUUCUCUUCUUCGUGUUGAUCUCGCGACCAGACUUUGUCGCCCUGGCCGUCACCGAGGUGACCAUCUGUGAGCUGCUCAUCUACGGCACAGCGACAAUAGCAACACUCAUCGGCAUGAUACAAAUACGACAUCUGCAAUAUGAUUGGUAUCGCAGCUUCUCGUUGGAUGAUAUUUUGUUGGUCGGUGCGCAGACUGGUUCCUUUUUGUACAAUAUAUUCACAGUGAUCGCCGGACAUUUCACGUUGCGCAGUGAUGAUAUGUUAGUACCGUUGAAUGCGCUCGCCUCCAUUGUGCAAACGGCUUGCCAGACAUUAUUCAUCUUGGAUGCGAGCCGACGACAGGCCAUCACACCGGAGCAUAUACGUAAGAAACCCGGCCGUGAGAUUGUGACAUUUAUGUUGGUCGUGAAUUUGGCGAUGUGGGCGAUCAGCACGUUGGAGAAGUCACGUGCCGAAUCACAUCCGAUACAGUUAAAUUUCUAUGGUCUGUGGGCGUGGACGAUAAUAACGCAUGUGUCCAUGCCAUUGGCAAUAUUCUAUCGCUUUCACUCGACAGUUUGUUUGUGUGAAAUUUGGAAGCGUGCCUAUAAACUGAAACCGGCCUAUAUGUGAGAGUUUGCGCGCGAGCGCAUUGCAAGCAUUGCGCAACAGCAACAAUUCUGUGAAGAUCUCAAAACCAAUUUGUCGUACUGUUAUUGCUCAACAACGCUGGCCGGCGGCGAACUCGAGACCGUCGAAGAGGCGGAGAGUGGCGAGAGCAACGGCUACGAAGAAGAUGACGAGGGUGAGGAUGGUGGCAAUGGUGAUGGUGACGUUGGUGGCGCUGGUACCGAUACGACUACAGCGGUGCUGGAAGGUGGUGGCACCGGCACCGCCGCCACAGAAGAAGAGGAUUUGGACACAACCGAUGGUGAUGAGUUAGAGGCGGCACAACGACCGAAACAAAUGAAAGCAAAUGGUAGUGAAAAGAAGCAGCAGAAGCCGCAGACCAGACAACGACAUGUCAAACUAGUAGACUGUAAGGAUAACGGUAAUGGUAAGGAUAACGGUCAGGAUGGUGGUGUGGGUGGUGGUGGUAAACCUUCCGCAUUUUGUCCGGUUUUCGUGAUAAAUGGUGAAUGAGUUUACGAGGAUUUUGAGUUCAUUGAUGCGGGCAGCGAUCGUGAGCUCACAUUUGUUUAAGGCGGCAUAGACUUUGAGGCGAGUGAGGCGAUGUAAGCAGGACUAAAAUUGUGGUCUGGUGUAUGUCGAGCUCGAUAAUGGUUAGACAUAUAUUUUAUGGAAAGUUUAAGAAGAUUAUUAUUUUAUUUUGCGAGGCAGCCAUAUCUGGAGAUUUAACACACUAGAUUGGAUAGUAAAGUUUAUCAGAAAAUUUACUUCAAAAGUGAUAUAGUUACUCCCCAGAAGUUAUAAAAAGAGCGGUUCAAAAAUUAUCUGCUUUGAGAGAUCAACCACAAACCACCGGUUGUAGGGGCUCAAUAGUUGAAACUGAAGUAACCAACAUAAAAUCUCAACAUUAUUUUAGCUUAACACGACCGGAAGAUUUCCUAGUAUUUAAAGACCGUUUAAACAUUAUGUGGAGGAAAAUUCAAACAUCCUUUAGAUCAUGUUCGAGAAAGUAGAUUCGGAAAAGAGAUUAACAUAAAAUUUCAACUGAAACUUAGGUGGACAAGAUCGAAAAGGUUUUCAUAAAGAAUAAAGAAGAAAAACUUGUCCACAUAAAAUAAGAGAAAUUCAAUUGUAUACUCUCAAAAAUUUAGAAUGUAUAAUAUAUACUUCAUUUGGAGGAUAUAAACGAAUUGGCAAGAUGCUUGGUUGAGAUUCUCGACACAGGUCUUAUGUACACAUUGCUAUUCAAUAAAUGAAGGGCCUUUUUAGCUGUAAGAAAUUCUGUCUUGUUGGUCUGAAACUGAAAUUAAGCCCAGAUGUUUCAACCAAAUAUCAUCUGCGUUAGAGACCGUGUAAUUCUAUACAUAUGUAUGUAUAUCCACAAAUGUAACAUUACUUUAAGGACUUUUCCAGAUCAUUGCGGGCUUUAAAACAAAUUUAGGAUUUUUUGAGAGAUUUUUGCAAUAAAAAGUUAGCAAUGAAAGUAGCGGAUUAAUUGAUAGAGAAAUUUCAACGAAUACUGUAAACAAAAUCAACCAGAUAAACUACGUAGAGACAUAGGCUAUUGGUAGUUCUUUAUCCACAGCAAUAUUAAAAGUGUUCUCUAGGAAGUUACACUUUUAUAAAGAGAAUGAAACUAGUACUAUUUGAAGGUAUUAACCAAAGAAAAAAAAAAAAGAAAAAAAAUUUAAAAAAAAAGAAAGAAAAGAAAGAAAAUCUCAACUGAGUUCAAUAUCACCAAAACACUGCGAAAUCAAAGUAAAAAUGUACGAAAUAGUUCGAAACUAAAUACUACUAGGGAAUAUAUACCAUAUUACAUACAUAUUAGAGAAAAUAGCCAAAGUAUAGAAAAACGAGUUUUAAAUUUAAUAAAUUUUUAGUAAACGAGAGCGAGAUAAAAAAUAAUAACGAUAUUAAUUCAUAAUAAUUCACCGAUGUACGUACCCACCAUAAACCACCAUUUCGAACAAAACUUUCAUUGGCAUGCAAGAAAAACGAACCAAUUAAUUGAAAACGAAUUUCGAAAACGGUAAAAAAUUAAAUGUGUAAAAGAAAAUAAUUUUGAAAAAAAAAAUAAAAAAUUGUUUUGAAAAAAAAAUUGAAAGCCGAAAAGAAGAACCAGCAAAGAACCCACACAUGCAACUACACUCAAUUGAUAACAUGAUAACCGAUAACCUUACAAACGAGUACACACAUACAACCAUAGCUACAUACAUACAAGUAUUUUUCGAUGAAGAAAAUUUAAUUGAUUUUUACAAAAAACCACAAAAACAAAAUAUAAAGUGAUGCAAUAUUUUCUUUCAACUUUACCUAUAACAAAGAUCGAAGCAACAAUAUACAUACAUAUACCUAUAAAUGCAUAAAAAAUUUACUCUUAACCUCAAGAGGACAUAUUUUGCUUAAUAGUGAAAUACCGUAAGACGUAUGUAAACAGUUAUAUCUUGUUCUAACUGAUGAUAGUCAUAAUAAUUGCUAUAUAACAAUGUAUUCUACAAACACAUAUACAUAUAUAUAUAAGUCAGUAUAAUUGAUAAAUCAAUGAGCAAGAAAAUAUUGUAAACAUAUACAUACAUACAUAUAGAUUGAAAAAUAUAUUUUGAUUGAAAGCAAACAUAACCUUUAAAAGUUCUAGCGAAUAUGAUGGAAAAUGAUGUGUAUGUAGUUGCAUUCAUCGAUACUAUUUGUAUAGACUGAUUGUGUGUUCACUGCAAAUAACUUUAGUUCAAAAGUAGAAAAACUUAAAUUUCAAUACUGAAACGAGUAAUGUUAUAUAGAACAAAAACCGAAGAGCGUAGUUCAUAGCGUAGAGACCUAUUUCACGAAAUUAAAUUACUAAAAAUCGGCAUCAUUUGGUUGCGUGUAUUAUGGACACUUUUAACUGCUUUCAGGUGUAUUCAAAUUUUAUGAUAAAUAUUGUUGUGAAUACCCGAAGUAAGAGUAAAGCCUUUAGUUAAGAACACAUUUAUAACAAAGAACAUGUACCACUGCUUUCAACUAUUUGUUCUCCCUGGAAUAUUACAACUCCAAACAAAUAGUUAUUUGCUGCUUUUGAGGGUUCUGAUCCCUUCAUGGAGGGAUACAGUCAAAAAAUUUUUCAAUAUUACAGCUAAGAGGUGGUCAAGAGGAGGUUUAAGAGACAUUUUAAUUAAAAAAUUUAUAAAAUUUAAAGUACUUUAAUAAUCGGCAAUUAAUUUUGAAAAGAUUUAGAAUCUCUUGAUACCUUAGCCGGUAGCCAGGAGCAUCGCACAGAAAGAUGUCUGGCGGUAAGAAAGAUUUUUCUGGUUCAAACUAUUUCAAAUUGAAAAAAUAUGCUAUAAUAGCUGAGUAAAGUUAAUGAUCGAAGAACUUGACAAAAUUUUGAUUUUUGGCAAAAUGGCGGCUUUCAAAAAAAAUUGUUUUUCGAGGAAAAAUUUCCACUCCGGAAUGGCUUAAAAGGAAACUUUUAUCAAAAAUCGUAUCACUUCCAUCAUUACUGACAAAUAUAUCUAUAAAAAAUCAUGUCAAAAAUUCAAAUCGGCCGGCGAAAAU